AUGGACAAAAUAACGCAGGAGAAAUACAACAAAAGCCGUGAAAGAAGUGACAGGAUCAGUGCAUUAAUGGGACAGUACAUGUUGAAGGGUUACCGAAUGUUAGGCUCAACAUGUGAAGUCUGUGGGGUAAGCAUCCUUGUCAAAGUAGCAUACUGAACUUUUUUGGCUUUGUCUGAGAACUCUUUACAAUUUAUUUAUUCUUAUUGAUGAUGUUCUUAGCUGAUAAGCAAGAUCAAGAAACCUUGCUUUAUGAGUUUUUUGAUUGCUCAGUCAAGUGCUUCACAGUCACAUUUGUCCUUUCUUGUUUUUGUUGUUGUUUUUGUUUUUGUUGUUUUUUAAAUAAAAAUUACUAAUUAUAUUAAACAGGUAGGCCCUAACAUCCUUCUAGUACUAUGGCCUUUUUAUACCUGCCAACUCUCACGCCUUAGGCGUGAGUCUCACGCCUGCGGGUUGAAAACUUCGAUCUCACGCCGGCUCACGCCUGCGGGCCAAUUUCUCACGCCUGAUUGAAAAAUGUGAGUUGUUGCCGUCCUGCUUGACACAAUUUCCAAAAAUAUGUUAACUCAGACCCAUGUAAGGAACGAAAACCAUGUGUAAAAUGAAUAAAUGGCAAUACCUUCCUCGCGAUCUCUGAUUUUUGAAGUGAAAAGCACUGGGAGCGAGCUCACCUUUGGCAGACUUCGGCAGACUUCGGACGUCUUCGGAAGACUUCGGACUCCUUCGGGAAUCUUCGGAAAUGAUCGUGUCGUUUUCAAAAAUCCCAGCUCUCCCGGGAUAAAAAUCUCACGCUUAUAUCUCAGAAAAAGUUGGCAGGUAUACCUUUUUAUUGAACAUGUAUGUUCCGAGCAGGGAACCUCUUGCCCCUUGUGGAACUAGCCACUUGUUAAUUGGCUCAAUCAACAUUAGUCCACUGUAGUUGAUUAGUAAUCUGAUUUAAUUGUAGCUCUUGGAUCACCUUAUUCUAGAAGUAUGGUUGCUUAUUAAAUGCUUUCAAGUUAAAUUAUUUCUUGGUGCUACAAAGUUAUACUUUAUUCGGGCAAAGUGUUUUCUCACUAACAGACUGUACUUGGCAUGACGUUACUUUAAACAUAACUUUCACUCGAGCUCCUGCAUGUUGGAAGUCUGACUUCCUUGCAACAUUUUCUCUGACCCCUCACUUUUUUGACUAGCAAUCAACUCAUUGCACUGUUCACUCACUUGGAAGCAUGGUCCUUGUUCCUUUGCUCAUCAGUCUCUGUUGGCCGGGCACCUGGUAUCCAGGCCUUGGUUUGCUCAGGUCAACCCUACCUCAGGAUCAGAACUGAGGCUUCAGUUACCUGCCAGUUUAAUUAUUCUAGUACGAGCUGCAUGUAAUGUUUCUUUCAACAUAAGAUGUGUACAUCUUGCUGAGUUAGUGACUUGCAUGUUGUACUGGGUUUGUGAAAGAACUGCUGUGGUACCGAUGAGCCUCUGAAUGGGUAUUUCCGAUAAAAUUAUAGUCAAGAGGAUAACCAUUGAUGAAGCGAUGAUCUAAGAGAUUUUUGUUGAAAUAAGUGAUGAUCGCAUUGGUAUUAAGAUUUAAAUCAAGUUUGACAAUGUUAACCAUGCAAGGAAACAUGCCAAAAAGUGUGCGGCAUAUUGUUUGUUUUCCUUGUUUUCUCAUUUCCAUUGUCGUUGUGGUUGCAUUGAGCUCGCUAGUAGCAUAACCAAACAAACAAUUCUUGAUAGCAAUGAUUUUGCCCCAAAUAGUUUAAGAUUUGAUGGAAAAUGUGCAAUAAAACAGACUUCCAUAGGUACCUAUGCAGAGGCUCAGUGGUAGUUGAUCAAAUUUUCAGAUGAAGAGCCACUCACCUGGAUAUGUUGACAUAAAAUAAUAAUAAUUAUUAAAUUAUUAUCAUUAUUAUUUACAAUGUGGUCACUGUAAGCUAGAAGCUAGAAGCUGGAAGUCUGUGUGGGUAUCUGGUCACUUGCUGUGACCUAAGGUGUCCAGACUGCUGGCUUUUACCCUUUUCUCAUUAAGAAGGCGCGUUCUUUGUCUCUUUUGUCACUAAGAAGGCAUUUUUUGGCCAAACCUCUGGCUUGGUUUAUCGCAUCUCCUGUCGCCAUUUCCCCACCAUCUACAUUGGUGAAACAACUUUGCACGUGCAUCACUGUUUUUUGUACAUUUCUUUGCUGUUGCAGCAUGAUUACAACAUGAAAGUGCCUAAUUUCACGUUGUGUCGAGGACGUGAACACAAGACAAUGACUUUCUUUUUCUCUUCCUGAAUUUUGAUACAGUCUUUUAGAAUUCAAUUCCAGAAAAAUUUUGCCAACAUUUUACGAAUUGAAUGAGUUGGAGUGCGAUAAAGUUUCAAGUAGCACAAAUUCACUUGUAGUCGUCACCAUCUUGGUUGCUUUUUGUUGAAAUAAGUGAUGAUCGCAUUGGUAUUAAGAUUUAAAUCAAGUUUGACAAUGUUAACCAUGCAAGGAAACAUGCCAAAAAGUGUGCGGCAUAUUGUUUGUUUUCCUUGUUUUCUUGUUUCCAUUGUUGUUGUGGUUGCAUUGAGCUCGCUAGUAGCAUAACCAAACAAAACAAUUCUUGAUAGCAAUGAUUUUGCCCCAAAUAGUUAAAGAUUUGAUGGAAAAUGUGCAAUAAAACAGACUUCCAUAGGUACCUAUGUAGAGGCUCAGUGGUAGUUGAUCAAAUUUUCAGAUGAAGAGCCACUCACCUGGAUAUGUUGACAUAAAAUAAUAAUAAUUAUUAAAUUAUUAUCAUUAUUAUUUACAAUGUGGUCACUGUAAGCUAGAAGCUAGAAGCUGGAAGUCUGUGUGGGUAUCUGGUCACUUGCUGUGACCUAAGGUGUCCAGACUGCUGGCUUUUACCCUUUUCUCAUUAAGAAGGCGUGUUCUUUGUCUCUUUUGUCACUAAGAAGGCAUUUUCUUGCCAAACCUCUGGCUUGGUUUAUCGCAUCUCCUGUCGCCAUUUCCCCGCCAUCUACAUUGGUGAAACAACUUUGCACGUGCAUCACUGUUUUUUGUACAUUUCUUUGCUGUUGCAGCAUGAUUACAACAUGAAAGUGCCUAAUUUCACGUUGUGUCGAGGACGUGAACACAAGACAAUGACUUUCUUUUUCUCUUCCUGAAUUUUGGGUUUAAAAGUGACACAGCAGUCUUGACUUUUACUUUUCGCUUUCUCUCCUCCCUUCUUUUUUUGCUUUUCUUGCCUCAUUUUUUUUUCUCUUGCUGGGCAUUUAGUAGGCUUCAUUUUGGUGGGAAGAUUUUUUAGGAAAGCUUUUAGGAUCUUAGGAUUAGGUGAAAGGAAAGGUAGGUGGGUAAUGGAACAAGAUUUUCAUGGAGAUUUUCAGGUCCUUGUCACGUGGUUUUUUGCUUCUUUCUCGGGUGUCCUUGACUGAAUUGUGCUCAUUCUGGUAUGGUUUGAAAGAUCUCUUCACUCUGCACAAGUUAGCGAAGAAAGUUGUCCUUGACCGUUAAAACUGAUGACGUCACAAAGGGUAGAAAGGACCUGGAUCCGCACGGGCAGUUACGGGCAGUUUAGGGGCGAAUGGGUUAAUCAUCAAAUUGUAGAAAAAAGAAUUAAACUGAAUUUUUGCAUUUUAAGCUUUCAUAUCUGAAUUCAAAUUUUGUACUAACCCUGGGUUAUGUUAACCCGGCUUUGAACAACCCGGCCCUGUAUUUUCCGUCCUCAGCCCGAUAUUGCACACUGUCAGUGACACUGUGGGUACGAAAUAAAACAAAAAACCAACGGCUCUUUUUAGAACCGCCAAGGUUAAAAAUAGUCAUAAAGGCCGUUUUUAUGCUAGAGACGUUAAAGUCGUCUAGACGCAUUUAACGUCUGAGACGUUAAAGUCGUCUAGUUUAAAAACGGGACGCACAAAAGUAGACGACCUCCUUUAAAAAAGUAGAUUUUUCUGAAAAAAGGACUAGGCUCUAAUCUCGGAAGACACUGGACACGAGUUAAAGCGGCGCCAAAAAUGAACUUCAAGCCCGCUCUUCUUGGCUGCCAUGUUGUUUUGCACUCGUCCCAGUCGUCUCUGGACGAGUCGAGCAUAAAUGCGUCCUAGUUUACGACGACCCGUCUUUAUACCAGACGACUUUAACGUCUGAGACGUUAAAGUCGUCUGUUAAGUGCGUCGUUCGGACGCACUUAACAGAAGACGUUAAAGUCGUCAGACGUUAAAGUCGUCUGCCUUAUUUACCGUUUUUAUACUAGACGUUAAAGUCGUCCUAAGACGACUUAAACGUCUCUAGCAUAAAAACGGCCAAACUUAUGUACUUAAAAGAGAUUAUCUUAUCUGGAGUAGAUAAACGUUUCUAUAAGUUUUAAAAACUCGGUAGUAUUACCCGUUUGUAGUUCAUCAGUCCAUAAAUGCUAGGUUACCGAGUGAAUUGUUUUAAACGCAUAUAAGCACUAUUCAAGAUAGCCUCCCACGCAGGCGUUUUUAGGGGAGCUCGUAUUUCUUCCCUCCCCAGGGAAGAAAUACGAGCUCCCCUAAAAACGCCUGCGUGGGAGGCUAUAUUCAAGAUUGCUGUUUCAUGUUAUGGCAGAAAUUUCUACGGAAAAUAACCUUAAAUAAAAACCUUUUCAAUAUCUUAGACAGUGUUAAUAGAAAUGACGACAAACUAUUACGAACUCAAGUGGAAACUGUUAAACCACGAGCCAUGGACUUGGAAAAUCGCGCACGAGAGGCAGACGCCAUCAUUGCGUCAUUUCCCUGUUCCAUACAGCUCUCAUGGACCAUAGCUCCUGACCAAUCAGCCUGACCCUAUCAUCAAAAUCUUGCACUUGUGUUAAAGAGUCUUUUUCUUCUAACUAAUCCGGUCUAUUUUUGAGUUCCAUAGAAUGUUCUUUUAAAGUACCGUGACCAGGAAGAUUACUGUGUUGCUUGUAAGGAAGUCGACGCCCCAUCUGCACCAGGUACUUGCAGUUCCAUACUUACCAAUAGCUCUAAUAUUGUUUUUGUUGAAGUAUCUGAGUGCGUUAGUAUUGUAUGUCAUGUAUGUAAAGUUUUACAAUUUUUUCCCGUGGAUAACAGACACUGUUUGUCCAAGUAAGUGCUAUUAGGAAGGGUCAGUUAGUUAAUCAGGAAACUCGAGUCUGCUUCCAGCGCCUUUGGGUAAUAAGAGCUAAUAGAGUCGAAACAACUAUGAAUUAUUGUUUCAAUUUCUAUGAUCAAAUGAAUGUUUUGCUCCGUUACAUUGCAUGGAGGUCAGUCAUUGGACAACCUCGUUCACAGGGUUCUCUCCUACUCGCUCCUUAGGGCGAGUGGGAGAGAACCCUGGGAACGAGGUUGGUCAUUGAACUUCUCGGAUCAAUUUAGGUCGGGAAAACCGCCUUACUACCCCUCCCCUAAGCCGACAUUGUGCCCAAAGUGAGAAGUGCGAGAUAAUGUUAACUUAGGGGAAGGGUAGGUGGGCAGUUUCCCAGAAACCUAAAUCGAUCCAACCUCUCAUUACAUCGUCAUGAUUCGUAAUGAUUGUAAUAAAUGGCGCUUUCAUCUGGCAAUUUAUACAUAUUAAUGUAACUACUUUCAGCUUAAAGAUUUUAGUGCUUUAGACGCGUUGAAGGGUUCAACACGGUGGUAAUUUCGGUUUUUCCUUUCUGUAGUGAGUCGUCCUGUUGGAUCGGCAAGUGCGUCCCAUCCACAGCAGCGCUCUGAACUGAUUUCCGUGGUAAAAUCACCUACAAGCCAGAAUGCUGUACACACAGCCGUGCACGCUGUUAACGAGAAAAUGUUGUGGGCAAGUCAAGCACUCAGCAGCGCUCUCUCUACAGGAGAAUGUCAGCAGCUCUGUGAACUCCUCAAGACCUGUGCUGAGACAUUAAGAGCUUUGCGGGAAAUUCAACAAUGAAAAUGUAGUACGCCAUUGUCUGAAGGGUCAUAGUUUGUACAAAAUUACCUAAGGUAUAAAGAACCCGUGGACAGACUCCAGUGUGCAAAGGGUGGAGAACAGGAGAAAAAAAGGACGCUUACCAAGGAGCCCGUUGAAAAGGCUAAAUGUUACAACAACCAUAACAACUUUCUCUUAUAAAACUGCUUGCUAAAAUCCAGUUCCAUGGCCUGUCAUACCUCUACACACUUCAUAGAAAGAGGACUAUGAAUGUUUAUUGGUGACUCAUUUUGCUCGUAAAUAAAAUUUAAAGCUUUUUUUCUUCCCCCUUAACGCGAUUACAGGGAAAACGUUUCAACGAAACCGAGAUUUGGGCUUACCAGGCUGAAUAGAUUGUUACAUUUGUUGCUUUCGGAGAUUGGAAAACCGGACCAAGGACUAGCCUGCCAAUAAAGCGGCCUCUAAUCGCUCCGUCUCAGACCGGCCACGGUGGGUGAUCAGAUUCGGUUGUAUUUGCAAGCUAGGGCUAACCAGGGGCCCGAUUCUUCAAAGUUUCCGGAAAGCUGCUGUAAUAACAUUAUCUACAUUAUAGAGGUUUCAAUAGUUUUGCAGCUAACAUGAUAAAACUGUCAGUUAACAAAAGUAAAAGGAUGGCUUUUUAGCUAAGACCCGCGCUUUUCCUCCUCGGAAUUGUUUGUUUUUUUAAUUUGGUUCCUGUCGAGAGAAGUUACCUGGCCUGCGAGAUAGCGUUGGAGAAACGGGAAUCACGACCUAAGUAAAGAGGGCAAUAAUUCAGCACGUAAAGGACGGUUUUUGGUAAAUUUAUCUGCCGAUACUCGCCACACAAUUACGGCGUGGCAGGCGGCCUCUGAACUUGUAACUGAGUUGGUACUUCACCGUAGUAAAGACCACCAGCAAUUGCAACAACACGAAUAGGAGACUACACUAAUGAUCAAUGAUUUGGUUAUUUUAUUUACCCUAAGUACUUUUGGCUGUUCUUACAUGUCUUUAUGUUACUACAGGACAACUGUUUUCAUAUGAAUUACAGACAAGAAAAAUAAUCUUUUGUUAUUAGAACUGUUCUAUACAUAA